CAUAGUCUCAACCUUGUAGCCUUGGCCUUCUCUUCCUCAUUUGCUUUAGUUCUUCUUUGCUGGUCAGGUUGUUAGACAGAGAUAUUGCUAAAAUGGAAGAUUCUGGGGUGAUCAGUCACUGGUGUUACGUCUGCUCUCAGACAGUAAACCCAUUGACUGAAGCUGAGAUCAAAUGCCCUCAAUGUGAGAGCAAGUUCUUGCAAGAAAUGCGCGGCCCCAGAACCAACAGCCACAAUACUAUGCCAAAUCCGGAGGACAGAGUUCCAAUUUGGUCUCCCGUACUUUUGGGCUUGAUAGGUCCAGCCGGAGAUGAGGACUCUUCUCCCAAUUCGAUCACCUCAGCGGCGGCGCACAUCGGUUUGGAUGUGGAUCAAGCUGAGGAACAUGCUGCGGAAGGGUUCAUUGAGCUCACGUUUCAAAGGAACUCACAUGGUGAUCUUUCUUCCGAGAGUGAGUCAAUGGACUCGGAAGACGACUGGGAGAGCAGCAGCGAAGGGAUUUUGCUCGAGGACCUACUGUACAGCGGCUCGGUCUUCCAAGGUCAGAGUCGCACCGCACAUGAAGAGGCUCGCAGCCCCUUGGCCGACUAUUUCCUAGGAACCGACUUGGAUGUACUUCAACAGCAUUUACUGGGAGUGGACCGACAUUCUCGCUUCUACGACAGCAUGCAGGCUCGAAAGGCGGUUGAGGCCAUGCCAAUGGUAACCAUCAAGGAGAUUACGCAAUGCUCAAUCUGUUUGGAGGAUUUCGAGAUGGGAGAAGAAGCGAAGGAGACGGGAUGUAAGCAUAGAUUCCAUGGGUGGUGUAUCUUUCCGUGGUUGGAGCUGCAUGGUUCUUGCCCACUUUGCAGAUGCAGAAUACCUCCCGACUAUGCAAAAAUCGAAAAACUUGGGAUUAUGGAUGGUAGAGGUGGAACUCGAGGAGGAGAGCAGCGAACACGGAAUGCCUCGAGGCGUUUGCCUCUUAUAGGAUAGUCAUGACAAAUUUGCCCUGUGACUGUACUCAGAGUUCUGAAAGGCCAAACAAAAAUACCAUGAUAUGCACAUUGUUAAGUCCAGUCUACUACUAUAUGUAUCUAUGUUUUUCCUGUAUCGAACACCACGUUUGUCCGAAAGCAUAACAAAAGAAGAACUAGAAAGUGUGGAAUUUUGUAUUAUGGUGUAAAAAUACAAGUCAGGA